GCCGCGCGGUCACGUGACAAUUCAACAUGGCUUCACGCUGGCGGAGUUUAACGCGGUUUCGGUCAACAACACAAGGGUUUAUUUUCUUUACCAUCUGCCUGACUGUCGUCCACAGCCUGGGAAACGAUGCGGACAGUUGUGAUAAACUGCAAUUGGGACAGUAUAUCUGUAAAGAACCCAAAAUAGAUGAUGCAACUCAGGAGCCAGAGAAUUGCAAGGACCGGUUGGCAUGGGUCCAAUGUUUACCUGCUCCAAACAUCAGCUGCCGACUGUCUAAUGGCACUUUGUUCAAAUUCAGCGGUGAAGAGGUCGGCUUCAACAAAACCAUCCAAUGUCGGAAUGUGAGUGGUUACUCAUACAAAGUAGCUGUUGCUUUGUCACUGUUCCUGGGAUGGAUUGGGGCAGAUCGGUUCUACCUGGGAUACCCAGCUCUGGGUCUGCUGAAGUUCUGCACUGUGGGAUUCUGUGGAAUUGGAAGCUUAGUUGAUUUCAUGUUGAUAUCCAUGCAGUGGCUUCAGCGCUGUGAAAGGAGCUAAUGAGAGCGUGGUUUGUUUGCACCUCCCGCUCCUCCACCUCUUCCCUCCGGGCCGCACGCUCCCACAGGACUCCCCUAACCCCUAUUAAAGGCCUCCUACACCUGACAACUGAAUAAAGCCGGUCCAUUUGUCAUCUUGUUAGGGAAAAUCUCCCCUGCUACUUUCUCAUUAGGCCGCACGGCCCCGAAUGAAGCUUUACGUGAAAGACACUCAAACUUCAACGGCACUUCUGCCCACCGGCGAUGACGGAUAUUUUUGGCUGUUAUGCACGUUGAAGGAUGACUCUAGGAAUAAUUCUUACACGUACAUAGGAAUUCCUAUGGCUGCAGUGAUGGCUACUUAGAAACAAAUAUUUGAGUGAUAUGUUGAGAUUGCUUCCGAGACGUUUGGGAACAAUUUACUGCACGAAAAAUGUGUUUCUUAGUUUUUAUUUUUCUUUCUUGUUUUAGAAGUGCAAAUGUCAAAAAAAACCAAAAUUGUGACAAACAAAUAAACUUUGAGUUAUAAAGAUUAUUGAAUUAAGUUACAUUUUUCUUACCCAAUUAGCAUAUCUUUUUUUUUUUUAAGCAUAAACUAACAUUGCGUAUUGACUAUAGAAAAACAAAGUGAAAAUAUUUUUUGGGAGGGCCGUCUCAUAUUUUCCAAUGUUUCAGCAAAGGCAUCACAAAAACGAUAAAAAAUUUCGUCUUCACAUUUUGAGAACUAGUUGGGUUUUUAAAAGUCUCUGCACCGCAUGAAUAAAAAAUGGUUAAAGUUGCAGCUUUGGUGUCGAAAUUAAAAAAGUCUACUUUUUCCCCUGUAUUGUAAACCAUAGAAAUGUAGCUUUUUAACUUCAGAUAUUAAGAAUACGCACAAUAUUGUUAGCUCUAAAAGUUCUGUGCCUUGAAUCUAUUUUCGACACACUGAUGUUCAUAAACACUUUGGUUUGGAUUCACCUGGUUCAGUCGCUUGCAUCACAUUGCCUAAAAACAUUGUCUGUUCGUCUUUUGAUGAAUUUCAUACGUCUACCUGUUUAUCAUCCCUCCAGUUGUUUUCCGUUCCUGGCUUUCCUAGCCGCAGCGGAUAAAUAAAGCAAGCUUUUAUUUUUUUAAAUGGCCGUGGCGGCUUUGAUUAACAGGGCCACUGCAGUGUUUAUUGUUCUCCUAAUGUCUUAUUGAAGGCCCUGGGAGAGCAAUGCUUUUAAGGAGUGCCUUUGGCAGCCAAAGCUGUCACGCGCUUACAUUCUCAAUUAGCUGUCGACUGUCGGGCCUCUUCGUUUUCAAAUUGUGACACUUUUGAUAAAGCGUAUACCCUUCCCUCGGGACCCCAUUUGUGCACGCCGCUCCUCGCUAAAACCCCAUAUUUUAUAUCAAACUACCUUUGCUAAGAGCCACGUCGUCAGGGAAAUGCAUCUUUGAGAAGUAAUGAAUAAACACCUGGGACAUGUUGCUGUUAUUUAUGUCCAUCAAUAUUCCGCGAGUAAUGACGCAAGACUAACAACAUCGCAGAACUUUAGCUUUGAUCGCGAAAGUGUAUGAACUUGAUAGUUUAAACUUUAAUGUGGCAGGAUGCCCAAGUGUCGCCUUCUAACUAAAGCAAUUGUCCAAUCAGACGCGAGUAAACGGCUUGUAUUGGACUGCUGCCAGACAAGAGCUAAUCUCGAUAUGGUAGAACACAGAAUCGCUGUGUCUGUGUUCGUCAGGCGCCUUUCUCCCUCCACCAGAUGUGUGUUCUCAUUAUCAUCUCGUCCCAAAGCGGAGACGAGCCGAGCCGGCAGGGCCAGGUGUUGGGCGCGCACGCCUGCAGGAAGCCAUUACGCCGUCUUUGUGCGUCAGUCCGAGCAUGUUGCCCGGGAUAGGAGCUGAUCUCAGAACUGGCAUGGGCCCAGAUCGGGCUCCGAGCUUAUUUUUGAAGCUCUGAUCUGAGGCCUGUCCUCCGGGACACUCCUCCUCACCAGAACUCCGAGAGCAACCUCAAUUACAGCAUUGCCUGGGGUUAAACUUAAAUUGCUUCCAAAUCGCCAUUACUGUCUUCUAAUUCAAUCGUGCGAGCGUGAGCCGUCUGAGGAGAACGAUAGAUCCAGCCGGCCCACCUGGUAUUCAUCUUUGUGUAAUGUAAAAUCAUGUAAUUGUCUAGUGAAGGAUUACAUCGUUAUGUGGGUCUUUGUGACACGUGAGAAUCGUUCUGUUCG